AACCAGAUCAAAUCCUUCUCUAAACCCUAACACAUCUCAGAAGAAGAAGGAGAACAAAAAUGGCGAAACUUUUGCUUUGCCUGAUUCUACUAACUGCACUCCUUCCAUUUAUCUCCUUCGCUUUCUCCCCCGAGGAGCCGACGGAUCGGCGCGUCCUCGUUUUGCUCGAUGACUUCGCGAUCAAAUCCUCCCACUCCCUCUUCUUCGGCUCCCUGAAAUCCCGUGGGUUCCAGCUGGAAUUCAAGCUAGCUGACGACCCCAACAUCGGGUUGCAACGUUACGGCCAGUACUUGUACGACGCAUUGGUCCUCUUCUGCCCCUCCGUCGACCGUUUUGGAGGUUCGAUCAAUGUUGCUUCGAUUGUGGAGUUUGUUGAUUCGGGUCAUGAUUUGAUAAUUGCGGCCGAUACUAAUGCGUCCGAUUUGAUUCGGGAGAUAGCCACCGAGUGCGGCGUUGAUUUUGACGAGGAUGCCACUGCAAUGGUCAUUGAUCACACCAGCUAUGCAGUCUCGAAUACGGAUGGAGAUCAUACAUUGAUUGCUAGUGAUGAUUUUAUCAAGUCUGAUGUGAUCCUCGGAAGCAAGAAAAUUGAGGCUCCUGUACUCUUCCAGGGGAUUGGGCAUUCUCUAAAUCCUGCCAAUAGUUUGGUUUUAAAAGUUCUAUCAGCUUCUCCAUCAGCCUAUUCUGCAAAUCCAAAGUCCAAGUUGUCAAGUUCUCCAGCGCUCACUGGAUCUUCUAUCUCUUUAGUUUCAGUUGUGCAGGCGAGAAACAAUGCUCGGGUUAUGAUCACAGGCUCAUUAAGCUUGUUUAGCAAUCGAUUCUUUAGAUCUGGAGUACAGAAGGCUGGGAGCUCAACUAACAGACAUGAGAAAUCAGGUAAUGAGCAGUUUUUGACCGAGCUUAGCAAAUGGGUUUUCCAUGAGAGAGGUCAUCUUAAGGCUGUGAACGUCAGACACCACAAAGUUGGAGAAUCAGAUGAACCUGCAAUUUAUAGGAUCAAUGAUGACUUGGAAUAUUCGGUUGAGAUUUAUGAAUGGUCUGGAACAAGCUGGGAACCGUAUGUAGCAAAUGAUGUUCAAGUGCAGUUUUACAUGAUGAGCCCCUAUGUUUUGAAAACCUUAUCAAAUGACAAGAAGGGUCUUUAUUCUACAUCAUUUAAGGUUCCAGAUGUUUAUGGAGUUUUCCAGUUCAAGGUUGAGUACCAAAGACUAGGGUACACCAGUUUAUCUCUGUCAAAACAGAUUCCGGUAAGGCCCUACCGACACAAUGAAUAUGAAAGAUUUAUACCAACAGCUUAUCCCUAUUAUGGAGCAGCAUUCUCCAUGAUGGCUGGUUUCUUUGUCUUCACCUUUGUUCAUCUUUAUAGCAAGUAGAGCUUAAACUUUUUGAUGGAAGAGAAAAGACACUGGACAAGGGAUUAGAUAAUUUUGAUUUAAUUUAGACAGAUCUUUAUAACGUUAUAAAUACUUAUCAUUAAGUAGUAUGAGAAAUUCCUUUACUA